GAGGAGGGAAGGCGAAGGAGACAGCAGUUCUGCCUCAAAAAAUCUGCUCUUUUCCAUGGUCUCCGUCAGGGGUUGCCAUAGGAACGGGAGUGACAAAAGCAAGGGAGUCUCCAGGGCCUAUGUGGAGGGACGGAGCAGAGGAGGAGUUUUAGAAAGUUUGAGCAGAACUGCUGCUGCUGCUGGAAAAGUUGCUUGUGAGGGGAAGAGAUGUUGGGAAGCCGAGCGCAGCUGGAUCCAUGGCGGUAGAGAGACUGGGAUCGCCAUGGUGGAGGUGGCGGAGAGGCUAGGCUGGGCAGAUAUUUGAAUGGCAGCAACUGAUCUUCAGGGAGCACCGCCCGACUGACCCCCGGGCUGCAGGGAAACUCUUCCUAUGUCUCCAAGGAUGCUUUGUUUGCCAGUUCUACUGCUAGUUGGCCUUUCCUGUUGCUCCAGCUCAGAAGUGAACCCUGCAAUAUGCCGCUAUCCUUUGGGGAUGCAUGAAGGGACAAUCCGAGAUGAGGAUAUUACAGCUUCCAGCCAGUGGUAUGACUCUACAGGACCACAGUAUGCACGGUUGCUGAGGGAGGAAGGUGAUGGGGCCUGGUGUCCUGCUGGCCUCCUGCAGCCGGAGGACGUGCAGUUUCUCCAGAUAGAUCUGCAUAAACUCUACUUCAUCACACUAGUGGGAACGCAGGGGCGGCAUGCACGAGCCACUGGGAAGGAAUUUGCUCGUGCUUAUCGGGUCGACUACAGCCGCAAUGGGGAGCGCUGGCUAUCUUGGAAGGACCGUCAGAACAGGCAGGUGAUUCAAGGUAACACUGACACUUAUGAUGUUGUCCUGAAAGAUUUGCGCCCACCUGUCAUUGCCCGCUACAUCCGAGUGAUCCCAGUGACUGAGCAGCCCAUGACAGUCUGCAUGCGAGUGGAACUCUAUGGCUGCGUUUGGUUUGAUGGCCUGGAGUCCUACAGCAUGCCAGAGGGAGGCAUGAUCACAGCUCCUGGUCACCCCAUUGUUUACCUGAAUGAUUCAACCUACGAUGGUUAUCAAGAACGCAAUCUUUUGCAUGGUGGUUUGGGUCAGCUGACGGAUGGUGUUUUGGGCCUGGAUGAUUUUACAAAGAGUCACCAGUACCGUGUGUGGCCAGGCUAUGACUAUGUUGGCUGGAGGAACGACAGUUUUAGUGGUGGUGCUGUGGAGAUGGAGUUCCAGUUUGACCGACAGAGGAACUUCACCUCCAUGAAGAUCCACUGCAAUAACAUGUUUUCCAAGGGAGUGAAGAUCUUCCAGAGGGUGGAGUGCUUUUUCAAGCCACGGCUGAUUGCUGAGUGGGAGCCUGAACCUGUGGGUGUGGACACUGUCCUGGAUGAUAAAAAUCCCAGUGCACGGUUUGUGACUGUCCCCCUCAACCAACGUGUGGGCAAAGCCAUCCUCUGCCACUUCUACUUUGCAGACAGCUGGAUGAUGAUCAGUGAAAUCUCCUUCCAAUCAGCAGACAUGGAUGUUGUCAGCCCCACUGUGGUCACUGUGGCUUUAAGCACAACAAUGGAAGCGUUCUCUUCGGAGGAGCCCAAUGUGACAGAGGGGACUUGGGAGACCACCACAUUGUUCACCAUGAGCCCCUGGCCUGCACUCAAAACUGAGGAAUCGAGCACCUCCAGCUUGGUUGGCUGUCUUGUGGCCAUCAUCUUGGUUCUCCUUAUUAUCAUCAUUGCCAUCCUGUGGAGGCAGUACGCCCAGAAGCGGCUGGAGACGGCUCCUCGGCGAAUCCUGGAAGAAGAUGCCACUGUCCGACUGUCCUUCUAUAGCUCCAGGAUCAUCAGCGGUCAGACACAGAUCCACCAGACCAACCCCACCUAUGAAAGAGUCUUCCCAUUGGACCUGGAGUAUCACCAGCCCACCACCCUGCUCCAAAAACUGCCUGAGCUCUCCCAGAGUGCUGAAGACUCAGCCUGCAGUGGUGAUUACGCUGAGCCAGAUCUUACCAAGUGCACACCUCACCAAGGCUUCCAGAAUAAUGUCCCACACUACGCUGAAACGGAUAUCGUCAGCCUGCAGGGUGUAACGGGCAACAACACAUAUGCUGUGCCGGCCCUCACCGUUGACUCCUUGACCAAGAAGGACAUCUCUGUGGCUGAGUUCCCAAGGCAGCAACUACGGCUGAAGGAGAAGCUGGGGGAAGGGCAGUUCGGGGAGGUCCAUCUGUGUGAAGCGGAUGGUCUUCUAGAAUUCCUGGGUCGGGGCUCUGCAGAGGCCUCCAGCAGGGCAGUCUUAGUAGCUGUAAAGAUGCUCAGAGCCAACGUCACCAAGACAGCCAGGAAUGAUUUUCUAAAGGAAAUCAAGAUCAUGUCCCGGCUAAAGGACCCAAACAUCAUCCGCCUCCUGGGGGUGUGCGUACGGGAUGAUCCAUUGUGUAUGAUCACCGAAUACAUGGAGAACGGGGAUCUUCACCAGUUCCUGUUGCAGCGGCAGAGCAGAAGCACUUUUACGCUCUCCAAUAACAUUCCCUGUGUCAGCUGCCUCCAUCUCCUGCUCAUGGCUACCCAAAUUGCCUCUGGCAUGAAAUAUUUGGCUUCUCUCAACUUUGUGCACCGAGACUUGGCUACACGCAACUGCCUGGUUGGGAACAACUACACCAUCAAGAUUGCCGAUUUUGGCAUGAGCAGGAAUCUGUACAGUGGUGAUUACUACCGGAUCCAGGGCAGGGCUGUAUUGCCAAUCCGCUGGAUGGCUUGGGAGAGUAUCCUGCUGGGCAAAUUCACCACAGCCAGUGAUGUCUGGGCCUUUGGUGUGACGCUAUGGGAGAUGUUCACACUGUGUAAAGAGCAGCCCUACAGCUGGCUCUCAGAUGAGCAGGUCAUCGAGAACACAGGGGAGUUCUUCCGAGACCAAGGCCGGCAGGCUUAUCUCUCUCAGCCGCCUCUAUGUCCAAAUCCUGUGUUCUCCUUGAUGAUGAAGUGCUGGAGUCGAGAUAUCAAGGACCGCCCAGCGUUUGAGGCCAUCCACCUCUUUCUCGUGGAGCAAAUGGAUGGGAGCAUUUGAUCCAUGGAGGAGCCCAAAGGAUGUGGUAGAGACAGCGAUAAUGUCAGAGUGGCCUCUGUGUGGCCCAUCCUUCCCUGUGUCUCAAGUGGACUCUUUUUUCACAGUCCAUGAGACCGGGUGGAUUGCAGAUAGACAGCUGAGGUCAUGACCUCCUGGGAUUCAUCUGUAACACAGGUCGAGAUGCCAUUUCAUGAUGUGAGACACCACAGAGGUUGUGCAGUGGCCACCAUGACAGAAGAGUCACACUUGUGGAACUUUGUUUCCUUGGUCAGAAUUCACUUUGGGUGAGUUCUCCUUGAAGGAGGCAUCCAUGGCAGCUGCUGCCUCCCUCAGCCACCUGUGGUUGACUCCACAAGGCCAAGAAAACGCCAUCUCAUGGAAUAAUUUUGCAUUCCAUCUGGAAAUACUGUGAGAGGGUCUGUACCCCUUUUCUUCUUAUUCAUCAUUAGGCAACUGAAAAACGCCCCCUAUGCAAAACAAAUACCCAUUUGGGGGAAUAAGAUACCUGGCCUCCAAGGAAUUACCUCCCUUCUUGGAAGGUGUUUUGACUCUUCCCAAACGUCAUUGUUGGUGUGUCUUCCUUGCUGAGGGAAACGCAACAACAGAUGGAAGAAUGGGGGGGGGGCGCCAUUUGUAGCAGCAAGACCCACCCAAAAUAGUGUUGUGAGGUGACAUCCUCCAGACCUUGGAUGUUAGCGAUGUGGUGAGUGGGGCAUGUGUGAAUUUUUCCACACUGGAUUUUCUCUCUCUCUCUCUCUUUU